AUGAAAAGAGAACCUCCCAAAGUUACUGGGUUAUCACCUAAAGAAGGGCCACCUGGUUGUAAAGUCACCAUCCGUGGUGAAAAUCUUGGCAUCAAUGCGAAAGAUUUAAUAGGUGUUAGUAUAUGUGGUGUCAACUGUCUGUUAUCAUCUGAUUGGAUAUCCCCAAGCAAGGUUAUCUGUAGAACAGGACCAGUGAAAGGCAAAGGAGACGUGAUAUUGACGACUAAAUCGGGAGGUGUUGGCACAUGUACCGUAACAUUUACUGGCUACUUUGUAUCUACUGGACCUUUGCAAGGCUCUGCGAUAUGGGUAGAUGAGAGUACAACUGUAGAUGGCAGAUUGGCAGCCGUACACAGAACAUCAUCACCAACAUUCCUUGAGGAUGACAACCCAUUGGGAUUAGCUGAUGAUGGAUCAGGUUACACUAUUGUGAUUGUCUUCUCUGAAGGUAGUACAAAUCUGGUAUCCGAAGAUUUUGACGCUGUCAGGUUCUUACUUGAGACUCAUCAAACAUCGAGUUUUGAAGAUCUGAAAGCUGGUUGUCAGUACUUGAAACGUACUUCAGCACAGAGAUCAGAGGGUCCUUUAGCAUUCAUGAAAGCUAAUGUGAGUGCGUUCAUGGAUUGUCAACAAUCACUAACUGCAAUGCAUGAUAAAUUUCUGAAAGACGACGUUGAAGGUGAAAAUUCAAUUUGUGAAUCUUUAGAGAACACAUUGGAAAAGUGUAACCACAAAGCUGGCAAGUUGUUUGAAGAUGUAUUGAAUCGUAAAGACAAAGCAGAUUCCACUAGGAAUGCACUUAAUGUACUUAACAGGUUUAAGUUUCUCUUUAACUUACCGAUCAAUAUGGAACGUAAUAUACAAAAGGGCGACUAUGAGAUUGUUGUGACUGAUUAUGAAAGAGCUAAAUCAUUAUUUGCUGACACCGAAGUGGAAGUAUUUAAAAAAGUUUAUAAAGAAGUUGAAAGUCGGAUUGAUGGACUGAGAAAACAAUUAUUAGAGGAAUUGAUGAUACUGCCAUCUACAUUAGAUCAACAGAAGGACCUUAUCAGAUGUUUGACAAGUCUAGUUUCCAGCGGUGACCCAGCCUGGGAUUGUCUUCUUAAUCAGCACAAGUGGUUAAUGGGUUUACUGUCACAGUGUAAAGAAGAUAAUCUACAAUUAGAAAAAGAAGAUGGGGAUAAAAAUUGGGAGGGAAUCACAAAACAAGGGCGUGUAAAAACAUCUCAUCAUAGUAGUUUUGAUAGUGAUAAAUUUAACCCACCACAUAAAGUAACGUUUUUAGAAGAUUUGGUAGAGAUAGUAGAAGAGGACUUACCAGACUUUUGGAAACUUGGAUCAGCUUAUUGUAAAGGUGAAUUGUACACAACUGGUGGUAAAAAGGACAGAUCAGUAGAUGCUAAGAAAGAAAAUUUAUUUAAAAAAAAGUUAACUGAGAUUUGCAGGCAGUUUGCAUACUUGGUCAGAGCUGCAUUCUUACCACAAACAUUGGUAAAAUUACCACAUGAUGAAAGAAAAAAGUUUGGUGUAUGGAAAGAAGAUAAUAAACAGGACAGUGGUAGUGCAUGGCUACCACACUGUGUUAGAAUCGUAAGGUCAUUAUAUAGUCUAUUAGCCAGUUUAGAAUUACCAGCAGUAUCUUUGGAAUAUAUCCAGAAUUUAACACUAGCAAUGAGAUCACAUUGCAUGAUGUCACUAUUUCAACAAGCUAUACAAGACAUUAAAGCUUUACACCAUAGAGAACUGUGGUGUAUACAAUUAGAAGAAAACAGUGGAAUAACAACACUGUUGUUCAAAGAUGUGGCUGUUCAGAAGCAAGCCAGCAGACUCUCAGCUGAGAUGUUGAAGUCAUUUGCUACAUGUUUGGAUGAAUUGACUUUCAAAACUGAUGUGGAGGCUGACCACCACAUGGAUAGUGUUGGUUAUAUAGAGUCAGUGAGCACAGAUAAUUUACCAUCCAUGGAAGAGAGAUUGGUGAUAGUGUUGGGAAAUUGCAACUAUGUCGCUAAUCAAGUCAUCCCAAGACUAAAAGAACAUUUUGUGAGACACGGUUAUCCUGAUAUGAAGAGAGUUGAAAAAAGUGUACAACUUGCCUAUUCAGAGUUAGAUGACAAGCUGUUUGAAGCAUAUACAGAACAGAAAUCGGACCCAGUAGUUGGUUUAUUAGAACAAGGAAUGUAUGCUGGAUAUUUAGACUGGAAAACAUUAGACAGACCUGUCGGUGUACGUUCUUACGUGAAAGAAGCAAUCUGUAACCUGAUAUCUAUCCAUGCGGAGGUGUAUGCCAUCUCACCUGCAUUCAUUUCACGCAUGAUGACCAAAGUGGUGGAGUCAUUAGCGGAAGAAGUCUGUCGUCUUAUCAGUUGUGCAGAGGGUUUUAAUAAUGCUGGUGCAAUCCAGGCUAGAUUGGAGUUACUGGCAUUGAAAGAUUCCUUAUUGUCCUAUGGCAAUGCUGCGUCAAAUUCGUCAUUCAAAGAAGCUUUUAAUUUCAUCCCCUCAGUUAAUAGUGCAAGAGACAAAAAAUAUCUGGAGGAAGAAUUGAAUACUUUCAAAAGUAAUAUGAGACUGCAGUUAAUGUGUUUUAACUCAGAUGCAUUCGACAGUGUUUAGAAACAUCUUCUGUGGUUAUAGAUCUAAUUUUUGCUUUUUAUAAUUCAUAUUAAUAACUUUUGUCAAAAUUUAUGAUAUUACAUCUGUUUUUAUUUGCUUUCAAUUCUUUCAGCUCUGGCUUUAUCUGCUUGAUAAGUAACAAUCAGAGUUGGAAAAUAUAUAAGGCAACUUUAGAUAACAUAUAUUUCUAUUGUAACAUGUGUUCGUGUUGAUCAUGAAAUAAAUCAUAUUACAAUCACACUCUAAACUAAGUCUGAGCCAAAAAGUUUGUUUUUUUGAGAAUGGCAGCGAUGUUGUCAAUUUUGCCAUUUUAUCUUGUAACUUUUCACUGAACAAAUUCUGUAUCAUGGUCACUUUAACUUCUAUUGAAUUAUUUCAAAUAUAUUGUUUGAAAAAAUAAAUUUAAAAAAAAGAAAAAUAUUAUUUAUUGUAGA